UAAUGAGGGCAAUGAUGCGUGCUAAAGCACUCGCAACAAACUGAGCUUUGUCUGUCAUUUAUUCGGAAGAUUACCUCCGAGACGGCCAGAUUGGGAGGGAAGGCCUUAAAAAAUUAAUUUGUAUAGCGGGACAAAGAAAAAUGCCGUGAUGCGGUGAUAAAGGCGAUAUGAAGCCGGAUAACGCAGGGAUCAGAUUUGUUGUAGAGUUCAAGACGGGUUGCAUUAGAAGUGAUGGGGGGAGAAGAUAUCUGGAUCCUGUGUAAAACGCCGUGAGAUUCCGACUGUUUGGGCAGACGGAACCAGUGAAGGAGAUUCGACCGCAUCCACCACAUCCCGCCCGUGAUUGUGAGCUCAUCCAUCAGCAAACCAGCAGGGAAUGAGGAGGAAUUUGAUGCAUGCAUGCAUGAAAAUCUGACACUGAUGCACCACUGUUGGCCUCUUUAACGCCGCGUUAUGGAAAUAGCAGGAUAACGGUAUUCAAGCGGCUUUUUGCUCCUAAUGGCAGCGGCACCAAAAUAAACUUGUCGGUCGUGAGCACGUGUUUUUGAGCUAGGUGUUUGUCUGAUAAGACCGGCGGAAUGGUGUCUUUGAGAUGUCACAGGAGCAAGUAUAUAUGGGCCACUCUGGGUGUGCUGGCGUUGUUGUGGCUCUAUAUCUUCCCCGUGUACAGGAUACCCAGUGACAAGGAAAUGGUGGAUGAGGUUCUGCGGCAGGGACAAACAUGGAGCAGAAACCAAACGGGAGUAGAACUGUACAGGAAGCUGCUGACAGAAUGCUGUGAUCCAAAGAGGAUGUUCGCUGUUACUAAGGAGAACUCACCAAUAGGCAAAGUCUUGUGGUAUGAUGGGGAGAUCUACCAUUACCACACGGUCAACAAUGAAACCUACCCUUUCUUUGUUCAGGAUACACCAUUGCAGCUUCCUCUAAAGAAGUGUUCGGUUGUGGGCAAUGGAGGGGUCCUGAAACACAGUGGCUGUGGAAACGAAAUUGACCAAGCUGACUUUAUCAUGAGAUGUAAUCUUCCUCCUCUGUCCAAAGAGUACACCGCUGAUGUUGGUACUAGAACACACCUUGUGAGCGCAAAUCCCAGCAUUAUUGAAAAGAGCUUUCAGAACCUCCUUUGGUCCCGCAAAUCCUUCGUAGAGAGCAUGAAGGCAUAUGGUUCCAGCUACAUCUACAUACCAGCAUUCUCUAUGAAGCCCGGCACUGACCCCUCCCUGCGGGCAUACCAUGCCCUUGCAGACUCUGCCUCCAACCAGACUGUCCUCUUUGCUAACCCAGACUUUCUUAAAAAUGUCGGUCGAUUCUGGAAGAACCACGGCGUCCAUGGUAAACGGCUAUCCACGGGGUUGUUCCUGGUGAGCCUUGCCCUUGGCUUGUGUGAAGAGGUAACCACUUACGGUUUUUGGCCAUUUGCGGUGGGGCUGGAUGAGCGACCGGUCAGCCACCACUAUUAUGACAACAUUCUCCCAUCCUCGAGAUUUCACGCCAUGCCUGAGGAGUUCCUGCAACUCUGGCACUUGCACAAGAGCGGCACGCUGCGCAUGCGGGUUGGCUAUUGUGCGAAAGAGGGGCAGGAGCCGAAGAGGGAAAACUAAGUGGAAGUGUUGCCAGGGGCAACUCAUCUUAUCCCCACAGGAACAGGACGGCAAUCCUGUGAUUAGCAUGAUAAUACUGUGGGUUGUGAGGUGAUGCCCCACCCCCAAAGCUGGGCCUCUCUUUGGUGUCUAUAUGCUUGACCCUCAACUGCUACCAAGACCCUACCCUUUUGUUGCCAAGGGACUGUUGAAAAAGACUUGCAUGUGUACCCAUCCUCAUGUAUGCACUCACUGGAAGCUUGUUUUGACUUUCUGUAGAAGUACCGGGGGUGAUGGGGCGGCUCAGGUGUCAUGUGACCUAUAUAAACUGCAUCUGCCAGCAGUUGGACCCUUGAACCUAGAGGAGCUAUUUGUUCACUUCAUGUAAAAAUAGGGGAAGAGGCUGCUUCAAUCAAUGUCUUAAGAACUUUUAAAUGGGAAAUCAGAAAACGAGAGCAAAGUUUUGAUCAUUUGGCAUAUUUUUAUUCAUUUUGUCUUGAAUACUGAUUUUUUUGGGGAGUUUUGAGGAAGUAGAAAAAGGAAUAAUGUGAAAAUCGUUCUUGCAGUGUUUGAACAUAUAAAAAUCAGUGUACAAACAGGUUUAGCCUGUAAAAGGGAAAAAGGCAUUGAAUGUAAAUGCUUUUACAGCCACCGUUUAAAAACUCGUUUCAUAAAUUUGAGACCGGUUUAAAGUGAAGGCUGCAGUUCAUGUAUUAUUGUGAGUAUGUUUUUACUUUUAUUUAUUAUUAAUGUUCAAUGAAACGGGGCCUCUACCGAGAAACAAAAUGUCGCACAUGCAGUGUUUUGUCAUGUUUGGAUUGGGAAGUCUUGCGUUGAGUGACCAUGUCCAGUUUGAAGACUUCCACAAAAACGGAUGAUAGACUCUUGAGGACCAAAUUCCGUAGAAGAGGGAGUGAAUGGUUUGUGUGCCAACGAAAGUAGUGCGAUAGUGUUCUGGGUGACUCCUGUGGCAGCAUCUUUAAUUAUCAUUUGUGUUAUUUUGUAUGUGUUUGAGAAUCAGUCAUUUGAUGGUACACAGUGGUGGAAUGGGGCACCAAUCAUACGAUAAACAUUUUUUUUUGCCUGCUAAGGUGCUGGACACCUGGUUUGGAACGUGUAAAUACUCAGUCACCAGUUUCGUUACUGUUUCCACAAGAAUCUUGGGUUCUUUGAAUGUAGUGGCAGCCAUUUUGUGGUCUGCCCAGUAACUGGUUUCCUUGACUUAUUAUUAGGUGUGUGCGUGCGUGUGCGUGCGUGUGCGUGCGUGUGUGCGUGUGUGCGUGUGUGUGUGUGUUAAAAUGCACACAGGAAAUUAGGUUUAAAUCUUGUAGGUGCUAGCUAUACCACAUGCACUCCAGCUUAGUUUUAAUAUAGCAUCACUGACAGUUUUAAUAGGUAUGAGUGGUAGGAAAGAUGCACUAUAAUGUUGACUUAAGCCAGAAACCUCAGUACUUAAAGGGAUUAUUUGCCCAAAAAAUGAAAAUUCUUUCAUCAGUUAUGAUUACUUUUGUUUAUCUUUGAAACUUAUCUUUUGAAAAUUUCUUGAUUUCUAAAAAAAACCUGGGAGAUUCCCUCCACUGAAAUUCCAUUCAACCAUUAACGCUUCAAACACGGCAAAUAUAAUAAACUGAAGCUCAGUGGUACUUUCUUGACAGCCGAGAACAAACCUUAUUGGUUUGCGCUUGAACUUUUUGAAACAAGUUUUGGUUUACCUUAGUAGUCCAAGUUUUGAACUUUUAAUGAAGGGACAGAAAUCUCUCAGGCUUGUCUUAUGGGUUUGGAAUGACAUGAGGGUAUGUAAAUGAUGACAGAAUUUACAUUUUUCUCUCUUUAAGGGGAAAGUGGAGUUGCCUUUAAAUGUUUCUGCCAUCUAAAGCAGGUGUGUUCGUAUUCAGAUAGCUAGCUAUAAACAUGUCGAUAGUUUAACUCAAACUGUUCCAUUAUCUAAUUCUACAGUCAGUUUUCUGAAUGUAGAAUUAAAUAACUUGCGCUAUGGUGACUUCUGUUGCAACACUGAUAAUAUGUGUUUGGGACUGAUUAUGAAAUGCGUUGACAGAUUUUUAGCUACAAGUGGUUGUGUACACAUACUUGCGUAGACUGUUUUGUGCAUUAAUGUAUCACAUUUAUGCCACACUCCAGUGGCAAGACCUACUGGAGGCUAUUUAAUGGUUGACAGAAACAACCAGCUCAUGUUUGACCCCAAUGAAAAGAAAAAGAAAAAAAAAACAUUUUCCCCUAUAUUCUUAUUAUCUUAAUGUGUUUGGGGAGGGGGGGAAUACAAAUGAAAGGUUGUAUGACAAAUAAUGCUGCAUAAAUACUUCAAUGCUUAAUUCCAGAAGUGUUAAUGGUCAUAAUAAAUGCCUUUUUUCUUUACAUUUUGGGGUGAACUGUGACCUUGGAGUGUUCUUGACCGGUUUGCCCUGAUAGCAAAGGAAAUGUGUGCCCUCAUUUGAGUAUCAAAAAAUUACCAUUACCAUAUUUUCACACUUUAAGCCAAUGAGUGCCUUUAUCAGUAUUAAAAAAAAGGCUAAGGACACAAUUUUAUCAAGGACAAGUUUUGAGUCUAAGGAUUAUUUAAUUUAUCCCCCAAACUCAAACUUAACCUCACAAAAUAGGGUUUUUAGGAAUUUUCAAUCAAGGCUGAUGUGUAACAAUGCAGAAAGACUUAUCAUUUAUGUUCAGUGAAAUUAAAUUCCUGGAUGGAAGUUUCAAAUUAUCUUAGCAUGCGGUUGUAGAAGGACCAACGUACAUUACUGUAAUUUUUUUUAACAUUGCUUAAUUGGCAGAAAAACACAUCUUUACAGCAUACAUAAAGCUGAGGAAAGUGUUAAAUGCUGGAGCUGAUGAUUAUCUUCAUUUUUUUUUUUUUUUUUUUUUUUUUCACCUUUUUGUGCUGUUCAGUAUUGUGAAUGAGUGAGGUUGGAGUUUGUAAGUAGGCAUGCACGACUGUGAUAUGUAAUUGGUAUUUGAAACUGAUUUUGACUGAGAAACUAUGUAUUUUAAGUUUUGCCCUUUGAGCCAUAUGAGGGUGUGUGCCCUGCUGAAACUUAGCUUACCUCAACUGUUCUAUUCACUGUUAAAUUCAUUUAUGGAACUCAUGGGAGCUUGGAUCUUAGGUACUUAAGUACGUUUUACUCCACUAAGCUGUAAAUGUGUCCUAUCAUGUCAAUCUUCUUGGCUCAAGCAGUUGGGAUUUUGUACUUGAGCAUGUAACAAUCUACUAACAGGAACUGGGCUAAACGUUGUUUACGUGCCACAUGGGUUAUGCCAAUCUUGAAAAAAAUUGUGUUAAAAGUAAGCAAACAAUGCUUUUAAACAAUAAAGACAUCCUGUCAACUCA